UGUUGGCGUUUAGUUCGAACAACGCGCGAAUCUUCAACGGAUGCUUUUGUGCUGGCGGAUCGUCGGUGCCAUUUCGUCGAUACGAAAUACGAAUUUGUCGAGUGCGAAGCAAAUCUAAUUGAAUGCAAAUACCAUUUCUACGAUUUUGCAUAAAUUCCGAAUAAAUAAAAAAAAAAAAUAAUUCUAGUUUAAGUUCAAGUCCGGUCAUCAAAAUGUACAUCUCUAAACGUACAUAUAAAAUAAUUGUGAUUAUUUUGAAUGUGAUUUGUGCGAUUCUGGGUUCUGUAUUGACGUGGUUCGGAUCAUGGCUCUACAAAAGUAUUGACGAUGAAAAAUUCGAUCAUGGGGAAAAAUUAGCAUCCAUUGUUAUAAUGACCUUGGGCGGAGUGUUAAUUUUCACAGCAAUCUAUGGAACAUUGGCGUCCGUGUUUGAGCUGUCCAAUAUGUUGAUCAGCUUUGCAGUUCUUCUAAUCGCAUUGCUGGUAAUGCAAAUCGUAUUGGUCAGCAUUAGCUAUACGGCAUUGAAUAAUGGCGUUUCGAAAAGGCUGGAGAAGGGCUUUGAUGAACUCUGGGAUCCGUUGCAUUUGAAACCCAGCGAGAAUUUGUCAUUCUAUGAAGAAUGGCUGCAAUGCUGCGGCAAGAACAGUCCAGAAGACUAUUACCUGCUUGACAAAUAUCCGCCCACAAGCUGUUGUAAAGAUCACAACUGCAUUAAAAUACAUAAUUUGUACAAAGAUGGCUGUGCUGACAAAUAUCGUGAUUAUGUCAAAUCGAAAGUGGAGAAAUUCAAUAUUCUCAGUUGGGUAAUCAUUGCAACCGAGUUUAUUGGUUCCAUUUUCUCCUGCCUUCUGAUCGAUAGCAUACGAAAUUACCGAGAUUUGCGGCGAUUUUAUAGUUGAAGCUGAACAACAAUAUUUUUACUUUUAGUAUUUAUUUCCAAAUAUUUCCAUUAUUAGAAAUUUACACAUAUAAUUUACUGUUUAAGUACGAAAUUAGCUUACUCUAGUCAUAUUAUUUAUUAGAUAUUGAUUCAUUAUGUUUACUGAUUAGCUCAGUUGGUAGAAUAGAGCAUUUUUUAUUAAAUUGGUAGUCAUGAGUCUGCUUAGAAUCGAUGAAAUAAGUUCCAAUUACUCAUUGGUUGAAACAUAUAGAUUUUAAGCUGGAAAGUUUACACUUUUUAUAAAUAUCGAUAUUAGUUAGACAUUUCUUGUAAAUUUUUAAUCAAAUUAACUAUUAAGGAGAAAUGUUUGUCAACAAGACCAAAAUCUCAUUUCAUGGAAAAAAUAUAGUUAAAGAUAAAAUUUAUAAAUUAUUUAUGAACAUUUGUAUGAAUACAGCCGAUUUCCUUAUUGAAUAGUCGAUUUUAAAUGUUGAGGAUCCCAUUACAUGCAAAAUAAUUUUGUACAAUUUUUUAUGAAUGUUAAACCUAAAAUGAAUAAAAAUUAAUUGGAGACUAAAAAAUUUUUAAAAC